AAUCCGUAAAAAGAUUGACACCAAAAAAGAAAACUAAGAAAUAAAAUGAGAUAAAUGGAAAUAAAUAAAUAAAUAAAUAAAUAAAAGCUUAGAAAUCUCAACAGCAACAAUAUGGCUUCAAUUGCUAUCUCUGCCUCAUUGCCAAGAGCAGCCAAUCCAAAUCAUGUCUCCAUGAAGAAAAAACAACAACAUGCUCAUCUAGCUAAACCUGCCUAUUCCUCAAUGACGAAAAACCCAACACCAAAGGUAAUUAGUACUCUUGAUGUCGGGAACCGAGACGAUGGCGCUGCGCAGCAGCAGCAUCAUCAUCGUGGAAAUGUUGCAUCAUCAGCUGUGGUUAAGGUAGAGGAAGAUAAUGAUGAUUGGAAUAACAAUGGUGAAAGAUUCACUGAUAAGAGAUGGAAAAAUGGAACUUGGGAUCUCAAUAUGUUUGUAAAGAAUGGUAAGAUGGACUGGGAAGGUGUCAUCGUUGAAGAAGCAAAGAGGAGGAAGUUUCUUGAAUUACAUCCAGAAGCAGCUACAAAUGAAGAACCUGUGCUCUUUAGAAGCUCCAUUAUACCUUGGUGGGUAUGGCUCACCAAGUCCUACCUUCCACAAGCCGAACUACUUAAUGGUAGGGCAGCCAUGAUAGGGUUCUUCAUGGGGUAUGGAGUGGAUGCAUUAACAGGAAUUGGAAUAGUUGGACAAAGUGGGAAUUUCAUAUGCAAAACAGCUCUUUUCUUAACUGUCAUUGGUGUGUUGCUGUUUAGGCAAAGUGAAGAUGUUGAGAACUUAAGAAAUAUAGCUGAAGAAGCCACCUUCUAUGACAAGCAAUGGCAAUCUUCAUGGCAAAAACAACCAAAAUGAAAAUUAAUUAAUAGCCCUAAUCAACAAGAUAACCAAAAGGGCAUUUAAUUAACUCUUUCUUUUUCUCUCUCUUUCUCUCUAUAUAUGUAUAUUUUAUUUCUAUAAAUUAGACUCUUUUUUU